UAAUUAACACAUUGUCUGCUGUAGCCAGUCUCCUCUACUUCUUUGCCUGAUUGUCUCCAGUCUGAUCAGAGCUACAACUGACUGUUUGCCAUUGCUGUAGUGUAAUGUCUAUUAGGAGCUAGCAGCAUUGGAAUGAAUCUGCCUCUCAGUGUGUCCUAACCUAUUCAAGAUCCCAGCUGCAGUGAGCUUGUGGGACAGAAGAUUUCUGUGUGACAAAUAGAUCUCAAGUUCAUUUUUAAGGAAGACAGCUGUUCAGAACUCUCUCUGAAAAUGGCAGAAGCUCAUCAAGCAGUAGCUUUUCAAUUUACAGUAACUCCAGAUGGGAUUGACCUGCGAAUGAGCCAUGAGGCACUCAAACAAAUUUACCUAUCUGGUGUCCAUUCAUGGAAGAAAAAGUUCAUCAGAUUCAAGAAUGGAAUUAUCACUGGCGUUUAUCCUGCUAGCCCAUCUAGCUGGCUUAUUGUAGUUGUGGGUGUGAUGUCAACAAUGUAUGCCAAAAUUGAUCCUUCUUUAGGAAUAAUAGCUAAAAUCAACCGAACGCUUGAUACAACUGGCUAUAUGUCAAACCAAACACAGAACAUCGUGAGUGGAAUCCUUUUUGGCACAGGGCUUUGGGUUGCCCUUAUUGUCACAAUGCGCUACUCUCUAAAAAUGCUGCUUUCCUAUCAUGGUUGGAUGUUCGCUGAACAUGGCAAACUUUCUGCAGGCACCAAGUUUUGGAUGGCACUUGUAAAACUCUUCUCAGGACGUAAACCCAUGUUAUACAGUUUCCAGACAUCUUUACCACGAUUGCCAGUUCCAGCUGUUAAAGACACAGUCAAUAGGUAUCUGGAAUCAGUUCAGCCACUUAUGGAUGAUGAAGAAUUCAGAAGAAUGGAGGGUCUUGCCAAAGAUUUUGCAUUUAAUUUGGGACCAAGGCUUCAGUGGUAUUUGAAGCUAAAAUCCUGGUGGGCCACAAACUAUGUUAGUGAUUGGUGGGAAGAAUAUAUCUACCUUAGAGGACGCGGACCGAUUAUGGUUAAUAGUAACUAUUUUGCAAUGGACUUCCUUUAUUUAUCUCCCACAACCCUGCAGGCAGCUAGAGCUGGUAAUGUUAUCCAUGCCAUCCUGCUCUAUCGGAAAAAACUGGAUAGACAAGAAAUCAAGCCAAUUCUUCUGAUGGGAUCUACUGUUCCACUCUGCUCAGCUCAGUGGGAACGGAUGUUUAAUACCUCCCGUAUCCCAGGAGAGGAAUCAGAUACUCUCCAGCAUGUGAAAGACAGCAAACACAUUGUUGUGUAUCAUAAGGGCCGUUACUUCAAAGUGUGGCUGUACCAUGAUGGUAGACUGUUGAAACCCCGAGAAAUUGAACAGCAGAUGCAAAGAAUUCUUGAUGAUGAUUCAGAGCCUCAGGCUGGUGAAGAGAAACUAGCAGCUCUUACUGCAGGAGAUAGAGUACCAUGGGCUAAAGCUCGACAGACUUAUUUUAGCCAUGGAAAGAACAAACAGUCCUUAGAUGCUAUUGAAAAAGCAGCAUUUUUUGUGACAUUGGAUGACAUCGAGCAAGGGUACAGGAAAGAAGAUCCAGUGAGGUCACUGGAUACAUAUGCAAAAUCAUUAAUACAUGGCAGAUGUUAUGACAGGUGGUUUGAUAAAACAUUCACUCUUAUAAUAUUUAAAAAUGGCAGAACGGGUCUGAACGCAGAGCACUCUUGGGCAGAUGCUCCUAUUGUUGGACACCUGUGGGAGAAUGCAAUGGCAACUGAGUAUCUUGAACUGGGCUAUUCAGAAGAUGGGCAUUGCAAAGGAGAUACCAAUCAAAAUAUUCCUAUUCCUACCAAACUACAAUGGGAAAUUCCAGAAGAAUGUCAAGAAGUGAUUGAGAGGUCUCUGAGCACUGCCAUAGCUCUGGCAGAUGAUGUGGACUUCCAUUCAUUUUUCUUCGAUGCUUUUGGGAAGGGACUAAUAAAGAAAGCAAAAACCAGCCCUGAUGCCUUCGUGCAACUUGCCCUGCAGCUUGCUCACUAUCGGGAUAUGGGAAAAUUUUCUUUAACAUAUGAAGCCUCUAUGACACGCUUGUUCAGAGAAGGCAGGACCGAAACUGUUCGUUCGUGUACUGUCGAAUCAUGUAAUUUUGUUCGAACAAUGGAAGACCCGGCUGAAAAUAAUGAAAAUAAGCUUAAGUUAUUUCGGCUUGCUGCUGCCAAACAUCAGCACUUAUAUCGUCUCGCCAUGACUGGUGCUGGCAUUGACCGCCAUCUGUUCUGCCUUUAUGUUGUGUCCAAGUACCUUGCUGUAGAUUCUCCUUUCCUUAAGGAAGUUUUGUCAGAGCCUUGGAGGCUGUCAACGAGUCAGACACCACAGCAACAUAUUGAUCUAAAGAAGAACCCUGAGAUGUUAUCCUGUGGCGGAGGAUUUGGACCGGUGGCUGAUGAUGGUUAUGGUGUUUCUUACAUUAUCUUGGAUGAAAAUUCCAUCCAUUUCCAUGUCUCCAGCAAAAUAUCUUGUUCUGAGACGGAUUCUCAUCGUUUUGGAAAAAACAUCCAAAAAGCAAUGAUUGACAUCAUGGGUUUAUUUAACCUUAGUAAAAACUGUACCAAGUGAUUUGCCUUAUUGGUGCCAAGCAACCUCCUGUUGUUGGGAUGCGAACUCUUCUGAACAGUGAAUGAGAGCAAGGUUUGUCAAACAGUAGCUGGCGAAGAAACUGAGUCAACAUCUUGAUCACCUAUGAAAACCUUAGCAGUGUAUCGAAUUUUUUUUUUCCCCCCAGUAGUUUGGAAGAGUUUAUUUCCACAAAGGAUGACUUUUGAAAUCUUGUAUGUUUCUAGGGAUGAAGUAUAGUAUCAUUGCAUGAAGUCAUGUGUAUUCUAACUCCUGCAGUUUUCUCUUAAUUUGUAUACACUUGCUCUUUUUUUUUUUUACUUAAAAUUAGUCUACUUGUAUUCCAGAAUCAAAGGGAUAAAACACACUGUCUUAAACUGAAAUACUAGAAAAAGUUUGAUUUGGUAUGCAUUAAUAGCAGAAUGUUCUUCAAUGUAUCUGCUGCUUUAUGUCAACGAAUGACAAAACUUGUGGCUGUUUACUAUCAUUGUUUUUUUGUAAUUUUUUUUAAAGGUAAUUUCUGUAAAACAUAAAAAAAAAAUCCCUGAUAUAACCCACCGUAACAUACCAAGCUGUAGAAUUUUUUUUGGUUUUGGAGAAAAAAAAAAACAUUGGGUAGUGCUACAUUGGGUUAGUAAAAUAUGUCACCUAAUUAGCAGGUAUCACAUUUUUCUUAUUACUUACAAGCAUGUUUGCCACAUUGUUGAUUUUAUUUCUGUAUAAAUAAAUGGACCUGUGUGCUUGUUCAUGUGAGUGCCUUACAAAAAGAAAGAUCCUAAACCCAGGAAAAAAGCUUAUGCUGGGAGUUGGUUUUACAUUGUCUUAGUGGUGAAGGAGGUGAAGUAGUAGUAAUGCAGAUCUAGUUUUCAAAUUAUAAGUUAGGUUGAUGUGGCAUAAGACUUGAAUAUGUUGCCAUAUGGUGCAGUUAGUUUAAAGCUCUAAUGAAAUGCUCCCAUCUUAAAUGGCAAAGAUCAGUCCCUAUGAAAUGCAGAAGUAACUUUGUUUCAGAGCUACAGAUACUCAUGUGUUUAUUUUGGUGAAUGGUAUUGGUGGUCAUUUGAGAUAAGAGUUUCUGGGUCCUGGGGAGUGUCAAUUUACUUAAAUGCAACCUGUUGGAUAGUCUACGAGGCAAGGCUGCCUGUAGAGGCUGAUCAAUUGCAGUUUGCCUGCUUUCAGCCUGGAAGGACCACUACUACAUUGCCAACCAUCUGCACGAGAAGGGCAAACUAUUAAAGCCGUGGAAAAUAGCUCCAGAAUGGGAAAACCCUAGCCUUCUCAAACCCCUGCAGGGAGAUGCUCUUGGUCAAGCACAGUUUCUGAAAGAUACAAGGAGGGAGGGGAAAGCUAUUUCACUCAAGAAGAAGCAUAAUGUUUCCAAGUGCAGAAAUAAAAUGGCUACUACAAAAUGGAAUGACUCUGUGCGCCAUGCUUCUCUUCCCCAGGCUUUAUAGGUGUGGUUACUUUUUACAUCCUGCAGUGCAGUAAAGUGUACCUGUUAGCGCAACAAUUUAUUUUAUUUUUUAAAUGUAAGGUACAUGGUGUUUAGUAAUAUAGUGAACACUGCUCCAGAGCUAAGCUGAUUUUAAAAGGCCUUUGGGGUUGGUAUAAAACUUCUCAUUAGACUUUGGAUGUUUUCUGGCCAGUAUUUCUAACUUUC